AUUGUAAAUGUCUUUAAUUUAAGUGAUAUAAAUCAAAUAUUUGUGUAACAUUUAAUAUUUUAAUACGCGUCAAAGUACAACGAGUGAAGCUAAAUGCACACAAAGAAAACAAGAAGCAAAAGCACCAAUAAAAUAUAUAAAGAAAAAUUAACGCAAAAGCAAAAACAUUUCUUGUGUGUGGUACAACUACAAAAGUAAGAUUGCGAGUGGUCGCCGUGUACUUUGCGAAAAUAAUUAAAAUAAUUGUAAAGGAUACAACGUUAAACAGAACCGAAUCAGAAUCAGUUAAUAGUGUGAUUUUUUGAACCUUUGUCUGUAAGUGAGAGGAGAAAGCUUUAAGCGGAAUCCCUUUAAGCAAACAUCCCGUCGCCAUUUUGAAAGUGAUUUUACAUACAUACAAAUAUAAAUAUAUAUAUGUACACACAUACACAUAACCAACAGAGUAAAUCAACAACAAAAACUAUUCCCAAUUCCCCCUAUAGAAUAACUAUCGCAAAAGCAAAAUUAAUUGAACAAACAGUGAAAACAAGGCAACUCUUAAAUAUAAAUUCAAAUUCAAAUAAUUUGUAAUAAUCAGUAUAACAGAAGUGGCAAAGAAAAAACCCCCCGCAGCUAUAAAGCAUUCAGUAACUGCGACACACAUACAGUCGUCUUCUUCACUCUCACACCGCGAUACCAAAAUCUGUGAGUGUGCGAGCAAGCGAGACUGCAGCAAAAGCAACAACAAUAUUCGUGUGAAAAGGUUUACAACUCAAAGACCCGGGACCCCGGCUUGGAUGACAGCUACAACAGAGGCAAAAAAAAGAAAAGUAAGAGAGUUUGGAAAAUUAGCGCUAAGAAGGAUAGCCUAACAAAAAAGAGAUAAAUCAACAGACUGAUAAACAAUAUAUAAAGUUAAACUAUAUAAAGUAUAUUAACUAAAGCUGUACAUAUAUAGCGAGACACAAACCGAACGCAGCUACAAACAAAUAAAUAAAUAAAUAAAAUAUAUAUAAAAAGGGAACAACGUGAGCAGCCGUAAACCCGUUAGCCGCUACUGUCAGAUAGAGCGAGAGGAGUAGGAGUGGAAGACAGCGCGCAGUAGCAUCGUCAAAGUGAACCAAAGAGACGACGAAAACAACGGAGACGGGGAGAUUGCAGGAAGCGACGUAGCAGCAGGUUCGCGUUUGUUAUCGAUAAAUGAAAACAAAACAUAAAAUAAAAAUUGAUUUUAAGUGCGUGUGAUAUUUAACGUUAAGCAUUAAUUUAGCAAAUAACCAAAAACAAAAAAGGCAAAAAAGCAGAAAUUUUAACAAUCAGAAAGAUUGAUCGAAGUAAGAAGAGAAAGGAGAGCGCGCUUUGGGUUAAGCUCAGUUCAAAUUAAAGUAAUAACAGCAGCAGUGUUGGCAGAAGCUUUUGAUAGUGAAAGCAACGACAAGCAAGAAAUUACUAUGACAUACUCGCACAAUAGUGUUAGAAACAACAUUAAAAUGACAACAGCAUCAGCAACAAAGUCCAUACGCUUGAAAAAGGGCGCCACGACCCCAACACCGCCACCAACAACAACCACAACAGCAAUAGAAACAGCGACACCCACGGUAAAUGCACAUUCCAACAGUAUUGCCAGCAGUACAAACUACAACAACCAGCACUUCCAGCAGCAAGUUUUAAGCACAUCGCCCAUCCACUGCGCCCCCAUUACGCCAAACAAUCGCAUGCAACAGCAGCAACAACAACAACAACAACGUCUGCAAAGCCAAUCCGCAGGCGCCAAUCAACGCAGUCGCCAACAGCGACAAUCGCCUCAGCAAAUGGGCGGCGGUGGUUUCUUCUUUGCGAACAAUAAUCGACGUAAUGGAGGCGGUGGCCGAUCGCCACAGUCCGCAGCAGUAACAACCGGCAGCAGCAACUGCUAUGUGCGUCAAUCACCGGCUACCAUUUUGGGUGGUGGCUUCUCGCCGGCUGCAUUUGGUUCCGCGCGUAAGCAGCGGCGCAGUCCAACAACAACGCCAACGAACAGCUUUGGUGUAGGCGGGAAAAUAUCCCCACAGCAUCCCCUGAUACCCACCGCCUUGACGCAUUUUGCUGGCAGCAAAUGCUUUGAUGCACCAGCACCAACAGCAUUGCCCAAGCCGCCGCAGCACUGGACAACAUUGUCCAAGUCCGAGGAGAAACUGGUGGCCAGCAGUGCUGGCACCGCCUUGCAAAGUUUAUUGCGCGGUGGCGACAGAUGCAGUGCGUCGAAAUUGCAGCUAGGUCAUGGUGGCAUUGGCGGAUACAUGGUGAAGUCAUCCAAGCGCAAUCUACUCGAUGACUUUGAUACGCACAAUCUGAAACUGUUGCUGAAUGUGCAGUCGUAACACAGGAAGAACAAUUACUACUACUACAA